UCACAGCCCAGAAGCUGGCGGCUCUGAUCAGGAAGAAGUUGUUACACGUGAAAUCGGCGCAGCGUGAAACCGGGAAUUUCUGAGUCACGAGCUCAGGCGAGAUCUUCCUGACCGCUGUCCAUCUCUCCGGGGAAGACUGCCAGCGGGGUACGGGGGUGCUGGAGAGAAGUGCGUUUCUAAGUGCCAUUAUGCCAUGGCAUCUCUGGGCGCCUCCUUUGUGCAAAUCAAAUUCGAUGACAUCCUCUUCUACGAGAACUGCGGCGGCGGGAGUUUCGGGAGCGUGUAUCGCGCCCGCUGGCUCUCGCAGGACAAAGAGGUGGCGGUGAAAAAGCUUCUGAAGAUUGAAAAAGAGGCGGAGAUUUUAAGCGUUCUCAGUCAUCGAAACAUUAUCCAGUUUUAUGGAGCGAUUCUGGAGGCGCCCAACUAUGGAAUCGUUACAGAGUACGCCAGCGGUGGAUCUCUGUUCGACUACCUGUCCAGCGCUAAGAGUGAAGACAUCAGUAUGAAGCAGAUUAUGACCUGGGCAAUGGAAAUCGCUAAAGGCCUGCAUUAUCUGCACGCCGAGGCCCCGUUUACAGUCAUUCACAGAGAUCUCAAGUCCCGGAACGUCGUGAUGACAGCAGAUUCAGUACUCAAGAUCUGUGACUUUGGGGCGUCUAAGUUUCAUUCUCACACCACCCACAUGUCUCUGGUGGGCACGUUUCCCUGGAUGGCCCCUGAAGUCAUCCAGAGCCUCCCGGUGUCUGAGACCUGUGACACAUACUCGUACGGAGUGGUCCUGUGGGAGAUGUUGACUCGUGAAAUUCCCUUCAAAGGUCUGGAGGGGCUCCAGGUGGCCUGGCUGGUGGUGGAGAAGAACGAGAGGCUGACGAUUCCCAGCAGCUGCCCGGCCAGUUUCGCCUGUCUGAUGAGAAGCUGCUGGGUGACAGAACCGAAAGACAGGCCGCUGUUCAAAGACAUCUUGUCCACGCUGGAGUCCAUGUGGAACGACAGUCACUUACCUGAGGAGUGCAACACUUUCCUGCACAAUAAAGCAGAGUGGAGGUGUGAGAUCGAGGCGACUCUAGAACGUCUGAAACGGCUGGAGAGAGAUCUGAGCACCAAAGAACAAGAGCUGAAAGAAAGAGAGAGGCGGUUAAAGGUGUGGGAGAGAAAGCUGAUCGAGCAGUCCAACACACCGCUUCUCCCAAACCUGGCCAUCCACUCCUGGACAGAGGAACAUGUGCAUUUCUGGAUAGAGCAGAUUUUCCAAGGUGAUGGAGAGCUGCAGCAGUACGCCGAUAUCUUCAAGCAGAAUCACAUCACAGGACAGAGACUGCUGCUGCUGUCCGAGAUGGACAUGAGAGAUCUGGGUGUGACGUCUAAAGGACACAUCAUUCACCUCAAGACCGAAAUUGAGAAACUUACCCACGACUACCUGAACCUGUUCCACUUUCCGCCGUUGAUCAAGGACGGUUCGGCCACUGAAGAAGCAGAAGAAGAGUGGAGGAAGACUGUGAAUCUGGAGUUGGUGUUUGGAUAUCACUGGAAAGCAGGCACAGGCCAAUCGGACUGCAAAUGGAAAAUGUAUAUGGAGCUUGAUGGGGAUGAGGUGGCAAUCGCGUACAUCAAGGACGUGACCUUUAACGCCAACAGACCGGAUGUGGAUGUAUUAAAGAUGACCAAGCCCCCGUUCGUGAUGGAUAAGUGGAUCGUGGGAAUAUCUGGCACACAAACCGUUGACUGCACAGUAAACUAUGAGGGUAACGUGAGAUCUCCUAAGUGUACGAGACACGAGCACAGGGUUCAGUGGAGUCCAGACAGUCAGAGGGACGUGAUCAGACCCGUGGAGCUGGUCAUUGAGACGGCGCCGGGCAUCAGGGAAGGUCACAACAGAAGCAGGUCCAACUCAGGUGUUGAUCCCAAAUGGAUUUACAGUCUGAGAAUGAAGCAGUGGAGAGAGCAAGCUGCCCAGGAGUCUACGGGCAAGAUGACCCUCCCUCAGUUCCUGUCCGUCAUAGGGAGCCAAUCAUCGUACGCCGCUGCGGUCAGAAGAUCGCCCAAUCGCAGCCCUCUCACUCCAUGGACAGAUUCGCGGAGUUCUUCUCCCACCCUUUCCGUCAAACUCUCCACCAUCCAUCUGGGGUCAAAGGGCAGCAGCCCGUCCAGCACGACGUCUGAGAGCACCCCGGAGCGAGAGCGGCCCCCUAGUGCCGGAUCUAAACACAACUACCACAGAAAAGCAUACUAUGACAACACGUUUAAAAUCAACGGAGGAGGAAGAGGAGAAGCGGAAACCAGAAGGUUUAAUCAGACGUCACAGAGAGGACCCAGAAGCUUCCAGCAUGCUGGGCGCCCCCGAAACAACAACAACUACGUAUCACCAUCUUACCACCAACGGCCGAUACCGGGGAUGUCAGUCAUCAAUGAAGGAGUGAAGAAGAAAGCGGCAUCUGAGGACGCCGUGUCUGGUGAUGGGGACUGGAUUAAAGUAGAAAGAAAGAAGUCUAAUAAACAGGAACAUAAGCAUCAGGAAGUGAGGCAAGGUAGAGGACGGCCGCGCAGAGGAGGGAGGGGCGGUGGGCGUGGCCGAAGUUGAGCGCUUAUAAAACGCUGCACCGUGUCCUAUCUACACGAGAUGCGAAAACAUUACAGCGGCAAGCGAUUUUUGAUGAGACGGAAUCAAUCAAAUAUCGCAGCCAAUCAAAAGCGCGUGUGGGUGGGCUCUCUGUGGAAUGCGUUUAUAAUUCUUAAAUAUUAAAUCUUUUUAGGCUAUUUUAUAAUUACUGAGUGACUGAUACCGUCUUUGUAAGGGAAAACGCUUGUCGGUUCUUCUUGUUUUUGUCCCACCUAGCCAUGACUCGUGAAAUUUCUGAUUUACAAAUGGUUUCUAUUUCACGUUGUGGCCAAAACAACAUACAAACUAUAUGUCAGUAGAUAAUCUGAGGUUAUUAUGCGCUUUAUUGUGAGUUCGACUAUCAUCUUGCAUGAGCUUAUAGCCAUACUGAAAGCAACAACAGAUAGUUCACCUCAGAUUUUGAAAAUAAAUGAAACCAAACAUGGACAUUAAAACUGCAAAUACAAUGCGAACCAACAAGCGUUUUCCAUUACAAAAAUUGGUAAAAAAUGUAAUUAUGUUACAAAUGUUUGAUAUUUACGAAUUCGAUUAUAAACUUAACCAUGUGCAGCGUGCUUCCAGAGAAAGCCUGCCCACACAUGCUUUUGAUUGACUGGUGUUUGAUUGAUUCUGUUGCAUUGUUUUGUAGCAUUAUAUCUAGUGUGGAAACCCGAACCACUUGACGCUGGAAUCUUGUCACGUGGCAUGUUAGGACACAGUGUUAGAACGGGUCGAUAAUGAAUCACAUUUGAUCCACUGUAUAAGGGCUGGUUUAUAACCAAAGCACUUAACCCCAGUUGUUCCUAGGGGAUUUCAUAAAAGCGUCUUCUGAAUUGACACUGAUAAAGGGUAAAAAUUCACCACGAAAUGGAUAUACUGAUCUUAAACGUCAUAAAUUAUGCAUUUUCUGAAAAAAAGAGCUAAUCUCUGCUCUUUCAUAGUUGACGUUGCCUUUCCAGGUUUAACUUGAACAUCUUUUGUGGUCAAUGAUUUUGUUUCUUUUAAAAAGGUUUCUUAUGUAUUUGAACUAUGCUAGACAUUUAAGUAAUUAUCAUAACAGAGGACUUUUUCUAUUAAAUCCUUUCUGCAUGCAAGGCAAACGUGGUUUUAUUGUUAUAUUUUAUUAUGGAGGACUAUUUCAUUUAUAUGAUAUUAAAGAUUUAUUUAUUAUAUUGGUGGGAUUUUAAACUUUUGUCAAUUUAUAAGAUAUUAAUAAAAUAUAAACUUGAAAUGAA